AUGGCAGCUCCAUUAAAAGGAAUUAAAGUCGUCGAGUUAGCCGGCCUAGCUCCAGGCCCCUUCGCCGGCCUCCUCCUCGCCGACUACGGCGCCUCCGUUCUCCGCAUCGAUCGUCCCUCAGCAGGCACCGCAGUCAACGGCGACCAGCUUACCCGGAACAAAACCUCCAUCACCCUCGACCUCCGCGACCCCUCCUCCCACAAAAUCCUCCUCCGCCUCCUAGCAACAGCCGAUGUCCUGAUCGACCCCUACCGCCCUGGCGUCCUCGAACGCCUCGGCCUCGCCCCAACAGAAGUGCUCCAAAAGCACAACCCGCGCCUAAUCGUCGCCCGCAUGACUGGAUUCCGCCGCGACGGCAAAUACAAAGACAUGGCCGGCCACGACAUCAACUACAUCGCGGUCUCGGGCGUGCUAUCCAUGCUCGGGCGCGCAGGCGAAAAACCCUACGCACCCGGCAACAUCCUCGGCGAUUUCGCCGGCGGCGGUGCAGUCUGUUUCCAGGGAAUUCUGCUGGCGCUGAUUUCGCGGUCUCAUACGGGCGUCGGCCAGGUCGUCGAGGCGAAUAUGGUUGAUGGAUCGGCUUAUCUUGCUACAUUCCCGCGGCUGGCGCAGAAGGGGCCUAUGUGGAGUGGGCCAAGGGGGACGAAUGUGCUUGAUAGUGGGUGUCCGUGGUAUGAUACGUAUGAGACGAAGGAUGCGGGAAGGUAUUUUGCGGUUGGGGCUUUGGAACCGCAGUUUUAUGCUGCAUUGUUGAAGGGGUUGAAGCUUGAUCCAAAGGGGAUCCCGAGUCGUGAGGAUAGGGAGAAUUGGCCCGCGUUGAGGGAGAUCUUUACGAGGAGGUUCAAGGAGAAGACGCGUAAGGAGUGGGAGGCUGUCUUUGAUGGGACGGAUGCUUGUGCUACGCCUGUGCUGGAGAAUGGGGAGCUUGAGGAGGCUGGGUAUGAGCAGAGGCCGAUGGUGCAUUUGGCAAGUACGCCUGCGGUCCCGUUUACGGCGGAACAGGGUGCUUGGUCUGGUGGCAGUCUUGUCCCUGGGGAUGGGGGUGUCGAGACACUUAGGGAUUGGUUGGGGUGGGAGCAGGAGAAGGACUUCUCUGUUAGGAAGGAUGGGGCCUUGUUGGCUGUGGAUGGGAAGUCGAAGAUUUGA